AUGACGACACGUGAAUUGCGUAUACGCCUUCAGGAACAUCAGAGUGAUAUUCGGAUGGCGUCAAAGGUGCCAGCUGAUGAUAGGGAACGAAUAUUGAAACUCAAACCAGUUGCACGACACUUUCGGUUGAAACACAAUAAUCGAUGGCAGGACCUGAGGGUUCGUGGCAUCGAUAGGGUAAAUCUAGGAUCUCGAGGAGGCGAUCUCUUCAGACGACUUGAACAAGUGGAAACAUGUGUGAGGGGACGGGGGCAUUGUGAGACAUGGAGAGCAUACGGCCUGCCGCUCCACUUCGGAGCAUCUUCCUGCUACUUGCCUUCUGCCAAACUACGCUGCAAGGAGGGGUUCCUGCUGGAGGCGUACCUGGAGGUCAGUUUUUUACCAGGUGGAGGUGCAGGGGUAUAUCCUGGAGGAGCUGGUGUGGGACCUGGAGGAAUCGGAGGAGCAGGGUUAUAUCCUGGAGGAAAACCCCCCAAGCCAGGUGUUGGUGGCGUAGGAACAGGUGGCUUUGGACCUGGGGGUAUUGGAGGUGUUGGAGCUGGAGGAUAUGGACCUGGUGGUUAUGGACCUGGUGGUUAUGGAGCUGGUGGUUAUGGAGCUGGUGGUUAUGGAGCUGGUGGUUAUGGAGCUGGUGGACUAGGUGCUGGAGGCAAGCCACCAAAACCAGGUGUGGGCGGCAUUGGAGCUGGAGGCAUCGGAGGUGCUGGAGCUGGUGGAUAUGGACCUGGUGGACUUGGAGCAGGUGGGCUAGGAGUUGGUGGAUUAGGAGCUGGUGGACUAGGUGCUGGAGGCAAGCCACCAAAACCAGGUUAUGGGCCAGGAGCUGGAGUCGGUGGACUUGGUGCUCCAGGGGCUCAGCCAGUAGAAACAGAGCCAUCAAACUGUAAAGGCGUUGCCGGUGGAGUUGGUGGCGUUGGUGGCAUUGGUGCUGGGCUGCUACCAGGUGGUGUCCAACCAGGUGCUGGUGCUAAACCAGGAAAAGGACCAGGUGCAGGGAUCCCUGGCUUGUACCCUGGGGGAGUGGUACAAGGAGGUGCAGGGGGAGUACCUGGCGCAUAUCCAGGUGGUAUAAUCCCAGGCGCUGGCAUUGUUCCUGGUGUUACUGCAGGGGCUGCAGUACCCCCAGGGGGAGUUCAACCAGGUGCUGGAGCAAAGCCAGGAAAACUUCCAGGUGCUGGACUUCCUGGGGCAUUCCCAGGAGGAGUGUUGCCCGGAACAGGUGUACGAUAUCCAGGGGUUGGUGUUCUCCCUGGAGUGGCCACUGGGAAUGGUGUCAAACAGAAGCCACAAGGUGCUGGUGGUGCUUUAGGUGGAAUCCCAGGUUUUGGUGGUUUUGGUGGACAGCAGCCUGGUGUACCUUUAGGAUAUCCUAUUAAAGCCCCCAAACUACCAGGUGGAUACGGGCUUCCAUACACGUCAGGAGUACCUGGAGGUUUUGGCGGUCCCGCUGGAGUUGGUGCUGGCGGCAAGUCGGGAUACCCUACAGGAACUGGAGUUGGAGCUCAAGCUGCCGCAGCUGCUAAAGCCGCAAAAUAUGCAGCUGCUGGAGCUGUGCCAGGAGGCAUCCCUGGAGCUAUUCCUGGCGUCGUACCUGGUCUUUAUCCUGGAGUUGCUGGCGUAUUGCCAGGUGGUGGAGCAGUACCAGGAGCAGGAAUACCUCAAUAUGGAGUUCAGCCUGGUGGGAAACCCCCAAAAUAUGGUGUACCUGGAGUUGGUGGUGUUUCUGGUGUAGGCGGCGUGGCCGGAGUAGGAGGAGUUCCGGGAGUUGGUGGUGUUCCAGGAGUUGGUGGUGUUCCUGGAGUUGGUGGUGUUGGUGCUAAACCACCUAAGACUGGAGCGGGCUAUGGAGUUGGAGGUCUUCCUGCAGGAGUGGGAGUUGGUGGUUUCCAAGGAGUUGGUGGCUAUGGUGCUGGUGGGCUGCCCGCUGGAGUUGGUGCUGGUACCGGAGGAGUGCCAGGGGCAGGGUAUUAUCCAGGUGCAGGAGGCAAACCUCCCAAACCAGGUUAUGGAACUGGAGGAGUAUUACCUGGUGGUGGACUAGUGGCUGGUGGUGGACUAGUGCCUGGUGGUGGACUAGUUCCUGGUGCUGGACCUGGGGGCAUAGGAGCUGGAGGCCUGUACCCAGGAGCUGGUGCAGGAGGGAAACCACCAAAACCAGGUUAUGGUGCUGGUGCUGGACUUGGUAGUCUUGGAACUGGUGCUGGUGUUGGGGGACUAGUGCCUGGAGCUGGAAUAGGAGGUGGACAAGUUCCUGGUGCUGGACCUGGGGGCAUAGGAGCUGGAGGCCUGUACCCAGGAGCUGGUGCAGGAGGGAAACCACCAAAACCAGGUUAUGGUGCUGGUGCUGGACUUGGUAGUCUUGGAACUGGUGCUGGUGUUGGGGGACAAGGUGCUGGUGGACUAGGUGCUGGACUUGGAGCUGGUGUUGGUGGUCUAGGUGGUGGUGCAGGAGGUUAUCCCGGAGCUGGAGUUGGUGCUGGAGGCAAACCACCUAAACCAGGUUAUGGACCUGGGGCUGGAUUAUUAGGUGGAGGUUUUGGACCUGGUGCUGGCUUUGGACCUGGUGCUGGAUUAUUAGGUGGAGGUUUUGGACCUGGUGCUGGCUUUGGACCUGGUGCUGGAUUAUUAGGUGGAGGUUUUGGACCUGGUGCUGGCUUUGGACCUGGUGGCAUAGGCGGUGCAGGUCAGUACCCAGGAGCUGGAGGCAAGCCACCCAAGCCAGGUUAUGGUGGUGGCCUUGUAUCUGGAGGAGCAGGUGGAGUUGGUGCUGGCUUUGGUCCUGGUGCUGGAACUGGUUUUGGUCCUGGAGGCAUAGGAGCUGGAGGUCAGUAUCCAGGAGCCGGAGGCAAACCACCUAAGCCAGGCUAUGGAGCUGGAGCUGGAGGUGGAGGUGGAUUUGGGCAAGGCGGACUAGCAGGAGCUGGCCUUGGAGGUGCUGGAGCUGGAGGAUACCCAUUAGGAGCUCAAAAGCCUGCUAAAUCCUACUACCGAGGUGGCGGACUGUGCGGCCAAGGGAAAUACUGCGGCAGGCGGAGAAAAUAAACAGUCGGAGAGCUACGAUUAACCUCAUCAACUAUGGUGCUACUGCAUGGUGUGAAUGUAAAAGGAUUCAAGUAUCCCCCUCUGUUCUCCUUUCCCUCAGUUACCCCCAUAAUCCUUUUCUCUGGCCUUCCAGACGUCCAUCUGGGAGCUCCACUUUCUAAGAUGAGCCUGCAGUCUGACUAUUCCGACAGGCACAUGUGCACACACUGAUGCUGUAUGAAUACGUCUGUACUGUGUAUAUGUGUGCAUGCCCAAAGAGAUCAGAGUCUACGUCUACAAAUGCACAUGAAGAAACCUACAGAGCUGUGCAGACUUGCCUACAGUACACUCAGACAUUCACAAGUAUGGACAUACAUGCACUAUAUAUAAAUGUAAAAAAAACACAGCAUACACAUCAUCUAUAGUCAGGAGUUGGUUGGCAUUCAUCUGGGCCAUCAUAAGGAACCAAUUGUCCACUAUUUGGCUUGGUGUAAAAACUUACAGAACCCUUUUGUGAAUGAAAGCUCAAUACAUGAUGGCACCAUGACUGACCUGAUAGGGCCUUGUGUCCAAAAAAUAAAGCAAUGGCACCUUUAGCAACCAACCAAGUGUCUUACAGAUGUGUCCUUCCUUAUCUUUUCUCUUGGCUCAAUACAUACCAUGAUGUGUCAUGCAAGAUGACCGGCUUUUCACAUGACCUAGCGAUAUUGUGGCAUAAGAUAUCUAUCCUAUAUUGGUCUAUGUGCGGCCACCCAGUGGAAGUUAUGUGAAUUGCAGUCUGUCAAAGGUUUUGUUAGCAUGCUGCAAUAAUGUAUUGAAUUUAUUUAACAAGACUACUGUAAACUGGAGCUAAGAUAAGGGUGGACACAUCUGUAUUUCAAUUUUGAAAAUGUGCCUCGGAAACAUCAGAGCUGAUUGAUUUUCUUUUUGUCCAUAUAAGUUUUUGUACAUGAGGCCUUGAGUUUUUGCUCACAUUUUUUUCCAUCUGAUGUACCGCUGGAUGUUUUUGAAGCACUGUUGACAUAAAGUGGACAAUUGAGGGCUAUUGGUGGCCUUGUAUUUGGGCCAGUAAUUAUGAAUUACCCCCUCCCCCCACCCAUUACCAUGCAAGAGAAAUAAAAGGCCAUUCAGCCCCUGCCCCUCGCUCCUGUCUCUCACACCAUGGCCCCAGUAGGUUAUUGUUGUUGUUGUAACUUAUACUUGGAACUGACUCUGUUGUAAUGCAAUUGGCCAGCGACUGUAUGGGAUAUGUUUUAUUUUUUAUUAUUUGUAUUAUUAAAGUGUGUGACUUCUCCCUCCUCGAGGGCGGAGCGUGACAGAGGAGUCCAAAAGCAUCAUCCUUUUUUAAAUACAGAAAUCGAAAAAAUAUAUUUCUUUCUUUAUUAUUUACCACAAAAUGCAGAGCCUUGCUGUUUUUUGUUGUUGAUUUUUUUUUUAUGUUUUGGUUUUACUUAUGCGCCAUUUUUCUGCAGGACCCUUGAAAGAGGAAGGUAUUGACUAUUACUGUGAGGGCUUAUUGAAGUGUAAACUGCUCUGGAAUAAGGGAGAGUGACAAAUGUCAUGAGAGGAGGGGACAAGAGCUGAUAUAUAUAUGUAAUUAUUGUUGUUUUUAUAUUACACGUUGCUGCCAAAGAAAUUUGUAACAUAUUUAAACAUUCUGGCAUUGAAGGAGUUAAACAUAAAAAGCUGUGAGAUUUUAGGUAGAGUGAGCCCCUUCUCUCAGGCUCCACGCCUUCUCUCUGCCUUCCCUCUGGAUACCAUUAUGCUGCAGAAUGAUCUUGACUUUCCCACCCAGCUGUGUCUGGUUGUGAGGGGUGCGUUUUUAUGUGUAAAUGCUUUAGUUUACUGACCACCCCUUCAUCUUCCUCUUCUCAAUGUAUUCCCUCUCAUACCGCCUCCAAAAGGGAAAAAAAAAACUGAACACUUUUUUUUGUAAAAAUAAUACUGAAAAAAGUUAUUAAAAGUAAUUGCUUAAAAUAAAGAAUAAAGAAAACUUUUUAAAUGAGA